AUGCAAAUGACUGCCCAUCUGUCCUCAGCCUCUGAUGCAGCAACUCUACUUGGUCUUGCACAUAUCGACACCAGCAUGGCGGAUGAACCGGCUAACGGUGAGCAAGGGGUAACUGUGAAAAGGGCGAAGACGGCUGCACUCAUUGCGCAGGUCUCCAACCACCAGAUGCGGCUUGAACUCCUGGAGGAGGAGAAGGUUAUGCUGCAGGCAGAGCUAGAAGAAAUGAAGAAGUUACUGCAUACCUAUAGUGCUCGCUACACUGCAGUGUCGGAGCGGCUGGACAAGCAGGCUGACUUGAUCUCGGAGCUGCAGACGCUAGUCGCUGACCUUCAGGAGCGUUGCAUCUCGUCUGAUGAGUCGAAUGGUAGUGCAGAGGGUUCGGACUCCGAUGACGAGGUGCUUGACGAAAAGGAGAAGAGGCGGAUUGAAGACAGCGUCGCCGCAUUGAAGGACACUUCAUACCGAGAACUCGUUCGCCAGGCCUUUCAGACUCGCAUGGGCAUUCCAAACCUCAAACCGAUGAGCCUGCCAUGGUGGCCGAAGGAUGGAGAGCCUUUACCGAUUGACCCCGCGACCAAGACUGAGCUGAUGCGCUUUCGCUGGGAUCUCGGGUGGGAUGCAGUCGAGAACUUUGAAAACAUCAGCACCCUGGUUAGAAUGAUCAUGCAGCAAGGUGGUGAGCUUGUACCCACUGCUGUAAAGGCUGUUCGAGCACUCGGAAGAGUUGAUGUCGAGGAUAGUGUCAAGAAGAAGUUUCUGGCACUGGAAAAAGCCUUGCGCGACGCACAUAAGAUUGAAGGACGUGGGCGAUCGGUGACUGCGCAGAUAGAGAUUGAUGGGAUUGAUGUGUUGCCGAGUGAAGAGGCGAACUCGAAGUUGCCAGCCAGAGGUCAGAAGAAGCCAUCGCAUAGGACCAGCCACACUAAGGGUAAACUUCAGGUUCGCAAGCGCAAAUGUGCACAUCUGCCGAAGGAAUCAAUGUGGCAUGACCCCAAGUAUGAUGCCGUGUUCACAGACAGCUUGAUGUCCGAUGAUGAGGAUGAGCUAAAUGAGAAGGGAGAGUUCACCGGGCAUUAUAUAUCAAAGGCUCCCACAUACCGGAGCCAAGUGUUGAUUGAUCUCUUCAGAGAGAUUGAUGCCGCUCGGGAUCCCACGCCAUCGAGCAAGUACAUCCCAUGCAUCAAGGCAGUAGAGACCAUCGAUGAGCCGCCAAAGGUGUCCAAGCUCCUCAAGAACAAAGCGCGACGGUGGAUGAUUGACCCGCACUGGUUGGCAGUCGAGACAAACCAGCAAUACGAUGUUGAGAGUCAUAUCGUGAACAGUGGCAGGGCAUGGGGUGAUGAUGAAGAUCCGGAAGAGACUUUGGAGAAGCAGAAGCGAAUGAGAGAAGAGAAGGCUGUGAUUGUGAAGAACAAGAAAGCGCGCCUCGCUGAAAAUGCACAGGAUAAGGGAGAAGGAUCGUCGAAGCAGAAGGUGGUGAAGAAGAAAGGGAAGGGAAAGAUAGUGAAGGUGAGCACUGGAGGGGAUGCGGGCAAAGGUCAAAAUGCUGCCGAGGACGACGACAAUGACCUGUACUUCGAUGAUUAG